AUGAAGCUGUGGGUAGAGAUUCGCCUGAUAGUUCCAGAAAUGCCUCUCUGCCCAAGGAUGGUGAGUAACCACACGCUGGUAACAGAGUUCAUCCUGCAGGGCUUUUCAGAGCAUCCAGAAUACCAGCUGCUCUUAUUUAGCUGCUUCCUCUCCCUCUACUCUGUGGCCCUCACAAGUAAUGUCCUUAUCAUCCUGGCCAUCACCUUCAACCCUGGGCUCCACACCCCCAUGUACUUUUUCCUGUUUAAUUUGGCUACUAUGGACAUUAUCUGCACCUCCUCCAUCAUGCCCAAGGCAAUGAAGGGUCUGCUGUCAGACAAGAACUCCAUCUCCUAUGGAGGCUGCAUGGCCCAGCUCUACUUCCUCACGUGGUCUGCAUCCUCAGAGCUGCUGCUCCUCACGGUCAUGGCCUAUGACCGAUAUGCAGCCAUCUGCCACCCCCUGCAUUACAGCACCAUGAUGAGCAAGGCAUUCUGCAGUGUGCUUCUUGCUGGAGUGUGGAUGCUUUGUGCCUUCAACACGGCCAUCCAUACGGGGCUGAUGAUGCUCUUGAACUUCUGUGGCCCCAAUGUGAUUACUCAUUUCUUCUGUGAGGUCCCUCCUCUGCUACUUCUCUCCUGUAGCUCUACUUAUGUGAACAGUGUCAUGAUUGUCCUGGCCGAUGCCUUUUAUGGCAUAUUGAACUUCCUGAUGACCAUCGUGUCAUAUGUCUUCAUCAUCUCCAGCAUCCUGAAGAUGCAGACUUCAGAGGGGAAGCAGAAAGCCUUCUCCACCUGCUCUUCCCAUCUCAUUGUGGUGUGCAUGUAUUACAGUGCUGUGUUCUAUGCCUACUUAAGUCCUGUCUCCAGCUAUAGUGCGGAGAAGAGCAAGUUGGCUGGUGUGCUGUACACUAUGUUAAGCCCCACCCUCAAUCCUCUCAUUUAUACUUUGAGAAACAAAGAGGUCAAAGCAGCCCUCAGGAAGCUUUUCCCCUUCUUUAGAAAUUAA